AUGGGCAUGCAAGUGUCAUGUAUUCUUGUUGUCUCACACUUCUUCAACGUUGUCCUUAGGACCCUAGGUCAACCUGGACCCGUUGCACAAAUUCUGGCAGGGUUGGUAUUAGGCCCAAUGUCACAUAUUCGAUGCAUAAAAGAAACAUUCUUUCCUGCCAAUUCCAUGAAUUACUACGAAGUUGUGAGCUUCUUUUGUCGAAUAAAUUUCAUGUUUUUAUUUGGCUUAGAGAUGAAUAUUCAAUACGCAUUGCGUAAUCUACGUUUAGUGAGCUUGGUAGCAUGUGGUGGUGUGGUAAUGGGUGUAAUUUUUGGUCUAUCUGUCUCAUUUUAUUUAUAUCAAGAAUUAGGCAUCGAUGGUUCAAGGUUUUAUUUCUGUAUGAUUAUUAUGUUAGUUGUAUCAUACACAAGUUCCCCUAUGGUCAUCCGUUUGGCAGCAGAUUUAAGGUUUGCCGCAUCUGAUGUCGGUCGAAUCGCUGUGUCCGCCGCAUUGAUUGUAGAAAUGGGUUGCUUAUUGGUGUUUAAUAUGAUGGUUAAUACGAAGAUGGAUGAUAAGAAGUAUAAUGCGGCACAAGCUUCAAAGGGUUUAAGUUGUCUCAUUCUUACAAGUUUUGUGGUUCUUAUGAAUAGAUACUUAGCCAUUUGGUUAAAUACAAGAAAUAGAAACCAAAAGUACCUAAAAGCCCCUGAACUAUUAUUCAUCCUCUUUAUUCUUUUAACUACCUCAAUGAUUAUAGAAAUAUGGAAUUACAAUAGUAUUAUUCAUUGUUUUUUUAUUGGAUUGCUAUUUCCUAAAGAAGGCAAAACUGCUAGAACGUUGAUUCAUAAACUUGGUUAUUCAAUUUAUAACUUUAUACUUCCGGUAUAUUUUGGAUACAUGGGUUUACAAUGUGACAUUAUAAAUGCUUUUAAGAAAUUGAGUAUGAUAACCAAUACUGUCAUAUUGAUUUUGCUGAGCAUUGGAAGCAAGCUUGGUGGAACUCUCUUAGUUUGUCAUUACCUUCAUAUUCCUACAAGUGAAGGGAUUUUUCUUGGAUUUAUAUUGAACACUAGAGGUUAUGCCGACUUUCUAGUCGUUGGUUCAGCAGCAAAGGAUUUAAAUGCAGAAGAUUGCAACGUUGUGCUAGUAGCAAUAGUACUUAACACAAUAAUAUCAGGAAUUAUUGUGUCUUUUCUAGCAAGAGGGGAAGAGAAAAUGUUCUCAAAUAACCAUACAGCUAUUGAACCACAAGAGAUGGAAGACGAGCUUCGAAUUUUGGCUUGUGUAUAUGAUCCUCGUCAAGUAUCAUCAAUACUUGCAACAAUACUAGCAAUGCAUGGAUCUAAAACAUCACCUUCAACCACUUAUUUAAUGCACCUAAUUGAGCUUGUGAAGAAGAUCAAAUCCAAUUUAUUGUUUCAUGAAAAGGAAAAUGCUGACCUUAGUGACGAUGAUGAUUAUGGUGGCAAUGACGUCGUUGAAAUUAAUAAUUCAUUAGAUGCAUUCACUGCAGACACAAAGAUUUUGGUUCACCAAAGAAGGGCAGUAUCAUCUUUUCCAAGCUUGUAUGAAGAUGUUUGCAAUGAAGCUGAAGAUCUUCAAGUAUCAAUUAUCCUUCUUCCUUUUCACAAGCAUCAACGAAUUGAUGGUAAAUUAGAAAGUGGAAAAGAAGGUAUAAGGAUUACUAAUCAAAAGGUUCUUAGACACGCACCUUGUUCAGUAGGUGUUAUUAUCGAAAGAGGGAUGUCUAAGGUCCCUGGUUUCUCACAAUUGAUUACAUCUGAUAGUACGAAAAACGUUGCAACACUUUUCUUUGGAGGCCCGGACGAUCGUGAGGCUAUAGCUUGGAGCCUAAGAAUUUCAAAAUGCCCUCGCAUUAAUCUGACAAUCAUCAGAUUUUUUUUGUCUUCGUCUUUGUCACAUAAAGAACAUAUUGAAAGUGGAGUACAAUAUGAUGAAAAAGAAAUUUUAAUGUCUUUAUCAGGGGAAGAGACUGUGAAUGAGAUUGACAAUACUUUUAUGGUUGAUUUUUAUAACAGGUAUGUGGCUUCAGGACAGAUUGGAUAUGUGGAAAAGUUUGUGAAAGAUGGAACACAAACAGUGGAAUCUUUGAAAGAGAUUGGGGACUUGUACUCUUUGUUUAUAGUAGGAAGAGGUGGUAGAGGAAAUAGUUCAUUAACAAUAGGUAUGAGUGAUUGGGAAGAAUGUCCAGAACUUGGAACGGUUGGUGAUGUCUUGGCUUCUUCAGACUUUGAUAUUCAUGGUUCUGUUUUGGUCAUUCAACAACAUAGAGAUGUUAAGAAGGGCAUAAUUCAUGAUUAA